UUUUUUUGAAUGUAUCAUUUUAUAUUACUAUGUACUUACACUUUAAUACUAUUAUUUUAAAUCUGAAAACAAACCAUUGUUUGGUAAAAAAACUAGUGAAGUAGUCCAAUAAUGUAAAUCUGACCAGCUUUACUGUCGUAAUGAUACGCGUCCCCGUUGCGUGCCCAGCGUCUAACGAGCCAUUGCAAUCGGUGACGAAACGGAACACAAGGUGAAUCUUACUUGCUUACAGUAUAAAAGGUAUUGUCACCAAACUAUGGACAUCACACUCACAUCUUCUGUUCAACAGACAGACAUCACCAAACCUAUCAACAUGUACAAGAUUGUAUUCUUCCUCGCCACCCUGGCCUUCGCCGCUGCCAAGCCCAGUGCAGUAGCAGCUCCCUUAGUGGCGGCAGCACCCGUGGUUGCAGCGCCUGCACCCUUCGUCACUGCUACUAGCUCGCAAUAUGUAGCCAGGAACCACAAUGGACUGUACGCUGCCGCUGCUCCUUUAGUCGCUGCUCCUGCUCCUUUAGUCGCCGCCCCUGCUCCUCUAGUCGCCGCCCCUGCUCCUUACGCCGUCGCAUCCCCUUACGCCGUAGCCCCUGCGGCCAGGAUCGUGGCCCCAGCAGCUGCCCCAUACGUAGCCGCCCCAGCCCCAGUGGUCCCAGCUCUCGCCCGGUAUGCGGCUCCCUACUACGCGGCAUCUCCAUACUUCGCCCCUUCUGCUCCUCUUAUCGCCCUCAACCUGUGCCCACUAAUCGUCAUUUCUACCAUCGCCAUCAUAGCUAGCUGCAGUGCUAGUGGCAUCGGUCACAUCGCUCCUGCCUUCAAGUCCUUGUCAGUGGUGCGGUAUGCACCCUUCUACAACUUCCCCAAUGGAGUGAGGUCUAUACACGCUGUGGCUGCACCAGUAGCGUUACCUGCUCCGGUUGCACGAGCUCCAGUGUUCGCAGCCCCUGCGCCGGUGUUCCCAGCUCCGGCUCCAGUGUUCCCAGCUCCGGCCCCAGUGUUCCCAGCCCCAGCCCCAGUAUUCGCAGCACCAGCGCCCGCGCCUGUCUUCCCCGCACCAGCCCCUGUUUUCCCACCACCAGCACCUGUGUUCCCCGCUCCAGCCCCAGUCUUUGCUGCCCCUCCUCCUGUUUUCCCCGCCCCUGCGCCAGUCUUUCCUGCCCCUGCACCCGUGUUCCCUGCAGCGCCAGUAUAUCCUAGGAUAGCCCCUGCUUUCGCUCCAACACCCGUAUUUGCUCGUGCUGUACCUGCAUUGCCUGCAGCACCAUUCUCUCCUAUUGUGAGGCCUGUGGGAGUGCCCCAGCCAGCUCCGCUGUUCACUCCUGCUUUCGGCCCCGCGCCCGUGGCUGUAGCCAGGGCUCCCAUCAGUGUAUCCCCCUUCGCUCCCGUACCGUAUGGCCCAGCGCCCGCCUUUAAACAGUUUGCGUGGAAAUGAAUCUAGUCUUGUUUAGGUGUUAUAUAGUGUAAUGAUUGUUUUCUAGUUAAUGUAGUC